AUGGUAACGUUUUACCGAUGCAUGCACACGUUGAAAGUGCGAAUCCCCAUUCCGAGAGAUUUGCAAGAAAGAAAAUUGGCUGAACUCAAGCUUUUUAAAGAAGUUCGUGACAAAACAGUAGAGGGAAAAUCUGCAAAAUAUUCAGAUGAGGAGGUGCAUUUCAGGAUCUCGAAACUUGGUAGUUCCUCUAGUGCCAAACAGGAGAAGGGGAGCCAACCAAUAGGUCUAAGCGAGUCCGGUAAGUCUUUUCUUCCUGUUCCCAGAAGCAUUCAAAACUUUCGUAAUCCAUUAAAUGUACGAAUAGAUGCACUGGCGGAUUAUCUUGCGUGCAGAAAGAAUACCAGACACUUACCAAGCAAAUUUAUCACUUCAAGAAAACUUACACCAUAUGAUGAACUUUGCCAAGUUGAAGAUAACAGUAUUGCGAGAUUAUCAGUAACGAAGAUUUUGCCACACGCUUACUGUGAAUUGAAGGACAUGUACCAACUAUACUUGGGGGGCAUUCGAGUGCAAACUCGAGCGAUGAAAGACGGAAAGAAAAUCCAUCAAGUCUUAGAAGAGUCUAUUCAUCCACAAAUUGAUCUCUGCUUGGAGACUUUAUCAGGAGAGGACGAGAUAGUGAGGAUAGAUAAAUCUACAAACCUUUAUGAGUUAAAACCAGCUAAAGAGACGAGAACAGAAAUGGAUAAGAUGGCAGCAGAGAUGGGUAAGCUACAAGUACAAUCCGGCGAUGAAGACACUACGCUCCACAAAGAGCCACUUACAAUGAAAGACCCCCUCCAGUCUGAACAGCUGGAUACGGAGGAGAAAAGAAUGAAAUAUCUGAAAGAAAAUUACAAUAUCGAGGAUACUACUAGUGAUGGCGUGGAAAAAUCGAAAGAGGCUGUUGUUUUAGAUGAUGGACAAGAGGCAGAAGAAGAUCAGAUUCAAGUAAGGCCUAUGGAUCUAGAGGAAACGGCAGAAAUUGAUGUAAAGAAAGAAACUAAUGGCGAACUCAUAGUUAUAAAGCUGAAUGAUAUUGAGUUGAUUGCGAAGUCUCAAGUACACAAAAUAGCGCAAACAAUAAGAAGACUCAUAAAUCUGUUUGAAUUUGGCAAAGGACGUGAGAUUCUAGUCCAUGCCCUUUAUGAUCGUAAAAGAGAAAAAUUGUUGACCGAAAUACCAGCAGGUGAGGGGAUUAUUCCUGAAGACUGCAUCAUUAUCAGCGGAAUCAUUGAUGACCUCCAUUUAACAAGUAAUCAUGAAGAUGCAUUUAGGGCCUUCCAAAGAGAACUCCAGUAUGAACUCAAAAAAGCGUUUGAUUUUGAAGAAACUUUUAGGGCAAUUAGAAACAAGACCAAGCAGUGGACAGAUGCAGACGAUCCGAUGUUAUAUCUGGUUGUCAAUGAUGACAAGUCACGGAGCGACAAAAGAAAACCUUCCCCGAGAUACCAGAAAACACAGCUACUCCAAGUGGGUAUGUAUCGGAAAUUCCUUGGUAUCUUGUCGAAAGACGUCAAUUUCACAUACGAAUCAUGGAGGUACAACAUGGAAUGCCGGAUGGAGUCUUUAGACUUGCCGUUGGAUAAUACACUAGUGAGCUUUUCAUAUUUUGUGAAUCAUUUUUUACUCAAUGACUACAUUAAGCUUAAGCGUGGUGAACCGUUGGAGUUUACCGGAAUAUCGCGUCCACCUCUGCAAACCGCAGAAAGGUUUGCUAAGCCAUACACUUUCAUUAACACCACAAAUGUGAAAGAAUUGGAUAUACUUGAGGGAGAGUGGGUACAUCCUCCGACACUAGCACACAUUUUGGGGAGACUAGCGCAGGCCCAAUGUUUGCUGAAUGAUUUCUUAUCGGACAGACUUCAGGUAACCUAUGUUAGUCGUUCUACGGGUGAAUGUCUGAAUGUUAUUUCCGGCAAAUACGACGGUGAUUAUGUGAGCGAACAAAUCGGAGAGGGAAUGGAUCUUUGGAUGGGGAAGAGAGAGCCUAGUGCUACCAACUAUGAACAAGCUUGUAACUACUGUGAUUUCAAAAACAAGUGUGAGAUACCAGACCGCCUAAAAGGUCUCUUGUAA